AUGGCUGAGAGAGAUCAGCGGCCCGAGGCCGUCUCUCCGUCGGCCGAUGGCGGCAGCACGCAAGUAACAGCGACAUCACCAACGGCACCGCAACAAGUCCAGCCUCAUCACGACGCUCCCGCCUCGGCGGCGCCCCAACCUCCGCCCCUCGAGCCGCUCUUCACGCUCCUCACAAACACCACAUCCAAUGCGACGGUGCACCCGCGUGUCCAAUACAUCUUUUCCGACGACGACCCCUCCCCUCUUUCGAAUCAAGAUGCCGCGCUGCAGCCCCCGGUCGACGCGGGUGGCGGCACCACCGGCGCGCAGCACCGCACCGUCGUCGUCGACCUCGCACCCUCGGCCGACAACUCCCGCUGGACCGUUGCCUGGGCGUCGAGCAUGAGCCACGACUUUGCCGUCACGGGUUCCAGCAUCGCCGUCCAGCAGAGCGGCAGCGACGCCUCAGACGGCAGCGCGGGCGCGCCCGUCCUCCGCAUCGAGGGCGUGGAGAGGGAGCCCGUAGACCCCCGCGGCGAGAGCCUGCCCGGAUCCAGCUCCGGUAGUGCCACUGUCGGCAGGGAGGAUGUCGAGGGGCUGGCCGACGAGUUCCGGCGCAGGAUGGGCGUUCUGCGCAAGGUGGUUGGCGAGGGAGAACGGCGGAGGGAGGCUGUCGCCAAGCAGCACGAGGAGGCUCGGCGACAGCAUGAGCAGCAGCACCAGCAGCCGCAGGAACAACAGCAUCCGGAAGACGCCACCGAGGACGGCCGGCGCCUUUCCCACGGAACUACGGCAAGGCGGGCGAGUCAUGACGACGGCGACAUCACCAAGACCGGCUGA